GACUGACUGUGUGUUCCGUGAAAUGAGUUGAACAGUGAACAUUUUGAGAUAUCUAGGCGCCUUCGUUCAGGCCAAUCUGUGCAAAACAUUGCAGUGGUUUUUGGUAGUGUGGCUGUUACGGUUCUUCGCCACCCCCACAAAUUGGGCAUUCUCCGAUAUCUUCUCCAUUACCAACCACACAGAAUUCAUGUAAUGCAGCAGCUGAAUGAAACCGAUCACAAGAAAACGCGUCAUUUUUGUUGGUAGGUUUGUGAGAUGAGUCAUGAUCUUCAGUGAUGAGGCGCACUUCCACUUAAAAUGGAUACGCGAAUAGCCGAAACUGCUGCAUCUGAAGCUCAGAAAGUGCUUGCAUUGUUCAAAAAAAGGGAAAUGCAUCCACAGCAAGUGAUCGUUUGGUGUGUGUUUUGGGUGGGUGGCAUGAGAACCACAGAUUGCAACAAAGAGGGGGAAAUUAUACCACAUAAUAUUUGCCAAAGUGGUAUAAAAAUGAAAAUUUUCCGAAACUUAAGUAGUUUCUGAACACCAACCAAAGAAAAAUGGAAGUGUGUCAGUUACAGGGAACACCAUUUACAGAGUGCAAGUCAUUUAGCUGUAUGUUAAUAUUCCACUGCCGACGAGGCUGGUCGAGGACACCUAUACUGUGCAAAGCAGUGGAACGAAUGACACACAUCAUGACUGCAUGCACAGUGCAGGAAGCAUUGUGCAUGCUAUGGAGAAGUAAAGAUGAGAAAUGUGGAGAGAAAAAGGUUUUGGUCAUUGUGACAGAUAGUGCCGCAUAUAUGCUGAAGGGCGCAGAGUGUUUCCAGGUGUUUUACGCUAAAAUUAUUCACCUCUCGUGUCUGUCUCAUGGCAACCAUCGAGUCACUGAAGAGGUCAGAGCCACAUUGUCAGAGAUCAACUGCCUUAUAUCUUCAGCAAAGGUUUUCAUCAAGGCACCAAGCCCAGCGAGAGCUUUCCAGACUGCUCACCCAGACUGUCCUCUGCCACCUGAACCAGUCUUGACAAGGUGGGGAACAUGGCUUUCAGCUGCAAACUAUUAUUCAGACAACCACAGAAAAGUUGCAGAGGUAUUGAUGCCUAUGUAGUUCUGGAUAAAUUGAAUAAGCAAAGGAAACGAACACAACAUAGAAUUCCAAUAUUAAGCUUAUGUCUCUGUACAGCAGUUUUCAGCUUGUAACAGACAUUCACUAGAUUAUUAUUUCCUUUUUCCACGUCCUAAAGGGCUUUGAAGACAGCGAAAAUUUAGCCAUACCAAAAGCCAAAGACACCCUGAAGAAUUCCAGCAUGUUACACAGACUAUCUUUCAUCCGAGUGCACUUGGGUGGCCUUCCAGACCUAAUUGAGAAACCAGAGACUCAUAGCAUGGAAGUUACGAAGGCAAUGGCUCUCGUCGAAGGACUCAGGACACAAAGCAAAGAGUUGGCCAGUUCCGAUCAGUGAGAGACUUACAAGAAAAUUGGAUGCAGUUCUUCAUAGAAAUCCUGGUUGGCCUACAAUUCGGAAGAUCGCUCAGUUACUGGAAGGAGAUGAACACUCCAAGAAUCUAGAUGAUUUCGUGUCGUCUGAUUUCUCUGCUCUUAACUUUUUACCUGUAGUGUUACGUGACGCUGAACGAUCAUUUUCAAGAUUGAAAAUGUUAUCAGACCAUAACAAAAAUUUUCUUGUACAGAAUAGGGAAAAUAUAUUGG